AUGGCAGCCAUCCCUCGCAACAUCACUGAAGUGGAUGCUCAUGGUUGGCCACCCUGUGCAGAAGGCAGGCAAGGCUGGGUAAGAGGGGAGCUCCUCCCUGGAAGUCAUGGGGUCUGUAAGGACAGCAGUGAUCUCUUUGUCCCUUCCUCCUAUAGCUUCUGCUUGGCUUCCAUUGCUGGGAUGGACACCCCAGCACUAUUGCUGGCUAACAACUUCAGAACACUAGAUUUGCCCAGACCUAAGCCCUGUUUUCAGGAUUUUUUUUUCUUUUGUUUCUAUGACAACACUCUAGCACAGAUACUUAAGAGCCAAAUGUCAUGCUUGUGAAGGUAAGGGACAGUCCUUUCUCAGUGGGUCCUGUGAUUCUUCCUUAUAGAUUCACAAGUACAGUGAGGGCCUGGAGCAGCCGUGUCUACCCUGAGACCAUGGAUAACCAUAAAAUUAGGUGUUCCAAAAGACUUAAAGCCUGUUUAAGUUGUCACUUACUGUUUAUGGGAUGGCAGGUGCUGGCUGUCUAGAGCCCCCAUUUCACAGAGGAGGAAACAGGUGCAGAGGGGUAGCAGUGUGCCAGAAUUGUUGUGCACAUAAAUGGCAGAACUGGGAUUCAAACUUUCCAGUCUAACUCUAAAGCCCUUGCGCUUAAACUAUCAAUGUUGUCUUCCUGUUCUUUUAUUAACAGAAGGUUUCCACCUUCUACAAUAAGAAUUCAUUUCACAUAUUCUUGUAUAUAUGUAACAAUAUAUUUAUGAAACAAACAUGCAACAAUGUACAGCCAUGUAUGUGAGGGACUCUGGUGUCUUUUAUUCUAUACCAUCUUUUCCAUUUCAUUUCAUUUAUGAAAAGUAAGUGUUGGUCGGGAGUCACUAAGUUAAUUUAAUGACCCACUAAUGAGUUGUGGGUAGUAUUGGAAAAACACUGUCUGUAAGGUAUGCAAACACACGUUUCAGUGAUAUGCACGUGGAAGUAUUUUGGGAUAUGUUUACCAUUAGUAUUUGCAGGGAGACUAAGGGUAUUCCAUGAAAACUGGAAUCCCUAGAACCCCAAGGAAGAGGCUGGCUGGAAGUGAGGGUGAGCUGUUAAUUAUGCUGAUUACAGUUUGUUUCUCAGACUGGGACCUCUUCCCUCUUCCUGGGGAUGCUGACACUUCUGGGGUGUCUGCCCUGAAUUCUUGAUAAACUCUUGGGGGUUUUAAUAAAAAAAAAUAAACCUUGUGGGGUUUCAACAGGCUUUAAUAGGCUUACUUGCUGGAUGUUUGGGUGUUAGAAGGGAUCUUUGAAAUAUAGAGAGGAACUUAAGAGCCUUUCCCCAACAUCUCUGCUGGUGGUUGUCCAGCCUCUGGCUCCUUUUCUUGGCUGAGAUCCUGGCCCCUCGUAGACUCUGUGUGGAGGAAACAGGAGCUCACUAUUUAUAGUGCAGUCUGUUCCACUUUAAGACAGCUUUAAAUAUAAUGAUCAGUGAUUGAGCCAUAAUCCAGAUAGGUAUUAAUUGGGCCCAACUGUGUACUAGGCAUGGUGUCUAGCAUUAGGUUUCUGCUAUUAACUACUCUGUUCUCCCACUUCCAUACUGCUGUUUAGUUCAGUUCAUUCAUUGAUUCUUUCAACAAUCACAUACUGGUUGUCUGCUCUGGGUCCAGUGCUAAGCCCGAGGAAGGCACUGUGCUCACCCCUUCCUCCACCUUCCACCCCAAGCUUUCUUUCUAAGAGUCUUAUCAUCUACAGUUUCUCUAGUUUCUCUGUACAGCACAGUUUUUCAGAUUUUCUGGCUCUCCUUGCCACUGAACUCAGAAACUAUUUCGUUUGUCAUUGACUUUCUUGAAGUCAAUUGAUACCCAGAAUGAUAGGAAAAGAGCAGAUUUCUUUUAAAGGUUUAAAAUGAAUAUUUUAACUGAAAAACUUUGGCAGCCUUUUGUGUGCCAGUGACACUGUGGCGCAUUGUAAUUUUCCCCCUAAGUAGGAGAUUUUAUUAAACAUAGACACAUGCACAUUAAGAGACUUUCAGCAUCAGGAAAUGGGGUAGUUUAUUCUCUCCAAUUUGACUAUAGCUCUAAGUUCUCUUUACUAAUGCAAACUUCUUUUGUCACCUUGACUUUGGGACACUGUUACCAAACCUUGUGGGAAAUAUCAAAUUCCAAAAACUUGAAUACAUGGAGGAAAUACUUACUUUUUGGGUCUUAGAGUGAACAUUUGGUCCACGUGAAAAUGACCAGGAAGAUUAGUGGAUGAAGUUUACCUGAUGAAUUGUGCUAAGUCAGUCUAUUCUCAUAAGACAUACUCAAAGUUUUAACAUUUCCUUAGGUUUUCAUGGGAAGCAAGCACUUCAUAAUUUAAAUAAGAAAAAAACAUUGCACCUGGUUUUAAAAGUUCAUCUUCUAUCACAUCUAUCACUGUAGUAUGCAAUAUUUAAGGCACACAAAAGUACAUUGAGAAUACCAUAAUGAAAACCUAUGAAUGUAUCACCAAGGUUAAGAAAUCAUGUAGCUGAGUGAUCUUAUAUUUAUGAUGAAGUUAAUUUAUUAAGUAUUAAAACAUUCGGAUUAUUCCACUCAAGAUACUUGGUUAGGGAGAAGUUGAGCAGGGAUGUCUAUUGAUUUUCCUGAUGUAAAGGAGCUAAUUCCUGGAUAUUAUCUUUGUGGUCCACAUUUUCUUCCUCUUGGAACUUGUAACAUUUUUUACUGUUGUUUUUUCUUGUAAUAAAGUGAC